AUGGAUGACCUGAAGGCGAUCUUGGCGCGGCCGAUCCAGGUCGCGGAGCAGGUGAUCAAGUGGGCGGAGGAGGCCCAGACGUGCCGGCAGGAGUGCCUGGAGCUCAAGACCAAGGUCGAGCGCCUCGCCUCCCUCCUCCGCCAGGCCGCGCGCGCCGACCUCUACGAGCGUCCCGCCCGCCGCAUUCUCGACGACACCGGCAAGGCGCUCGACAAGGCCGCCGCCCUACUCGACCGCUGCCGCGCUCGCGGCAUCGUCCACCGCGUCUUCACCAUCAUCCCCGCUGGCUCCUUCAAGAGGACGUCCAACCAGCUCGACAACUCCCUCGGCGACCUCUCUUGGAUCCUCCGCGUGUCCAACUACGCCAACGCUGGCGAUGACCUGGAUGACCACAUUGGCUUGCCCCCCAUUGCCCAGAACGAGCCCAUACUCUUCCUCAUCUGGGAGCAGAUCGCCGUGCUCUACACCGGCACAUUCGACGCCCGCGCUGACGCCGCGGCUAGCGUUGUCUCUCUCGCGCGCGACAAUGACCGCUACGGCAGACUCAUCAUCGAAGAGGACGGCGUCCCGCCUCUGCUGCGCCUCAUAAAGGAGGGCCGCCCCGAGGGCCAGGAGAACGCCGCGCUCGCCAUCGGCCUCCUCGGCCGCGACCCGGAGUGCGUCGAGCUCAUGGUGCUCGCCGGCGUCUGCACCGCCUUCUCCAAGAUUCUCAAGGACGCGCCCAUGAAGGUGCAGGGUAUGGUGGCGUGGGCCGUGUCCGAGCUCGCCACCAACCACCCCAAAUGCCAGGACGCGUUCAUGCAGAGCAACGUGAUCCGCCUGCUGGUGUCCCACCUCGCCUUUGAGACGGUGCAGGAGCACUCCAAGUACGCCGUCGCGUCCAGGAUGAGCCUACACUCCGUUGUCAUGGACAAGAAGGGCAGCGGCAAAUACUCGUCCCAUCAGGACACAUUUGAUGCGGCGGAGCACACCGCGGCCAACAGCUUGUCGGCGAAGCCCACAGUCGGUGGUAGCGCCGCUGCCGGUAGUAACGCCGCUGUCGGUGGUAACGCCGCUGCCGCCGCUGCCGCCGCUGCCACCGCCGCCGGUGGCACCAGCUCAAGUGGCGUGACGGCAGCUGCGGCUGCGAGCAUUGGCAGCGUUGCGGGGACGAAGCAGCACAAUGUGUCCUUGUCGGGGACGAGCACGCGAGGGAAAGAAUACGAGGACGAAGAGACCAAAGCCUACAUGAAAUCCAACGCAGCCAGAGCGCUGUGCCAGCUAGCCAUGGGCAAUGCCGCCGUGUGCAAGAACAUCACGGAGUCCAGGGCGCUGCUCUGUUUCUCCAUCCUCCUGGAGAAAGGCGCCCCAGACGUGCAGUACAACUCGGCCCUGGCGCUCAUGGAGAUCUGCCGUGUGGCGGAGCAGAACGCGGACCUCCGGCGGUCGGCGUUCAAGCCGACGUCCCCCGCGGCGCGCGCCGUGGUGGAGCAGCUCCUCCGCGUGGUCACCAAGGCGGAGUACGACGAUCUCCUCAUCCCCUGCAUCAUGUCGCUGGGCUGCCUGUCGAGAACCUUCCGGGCGACGGAGACCCGGAUCAUCGGGCCGCUGGUGAACCUCCUCGACGAGCGGGAAGCCGACGUGUCCCGGGAGGCUGCCGUGGCGCUGACCAAGUUCGCCUGCACGGACAACUACCUCCACGUGGACCACUCCAAGGCCAUCAUCAACGCCAGCGGCGCCAAGCACCUGGUCCAGCUGGUCUACUUCGGGGAGCAGGUGGUGCAGGUGGCGGCGCUCCUCCUGGUGUGCUACAUCGCGCACAACGUCCCCGACAGCGAGGACCUCGCGCAGGCGGAGAUCCUCACCGUGCUGGAGUGGGCGUCCAAGCAGGCGUACAUGGUGCAGGACACGUUGAUCGAGAACUUGUUGCCGGAGGCCAAGAUCAGGAUGGAGCUCUACCAAUCCAGAGGGGCAAAAGGUUACCAUUAA